AUGGCAACUCUUGCUUUCUCAACUUCAUCUCUUUUUCAACCCAAAAUCCUAACAAGAUAUACAACCACCAACCCACAUUUACCUUCUAAAACCCUAAUUUCAAAAACCCCCAAAUUUGAAUCUUUAAAUUCUGACAUCAUAAAGCAAAAGACUUUAAUAUCUCCGGCCAUCAGAUCCACCAUCUCCGACAGCCUAUUAACAGCUGAUCCACUAACCCUCAAAUCUCGCCUGAAAAAUGGCGAGACUUUAUAUGGAAUGUUCUUACUUUCUUUCUCACCUACACUGGCGGAAAUCGCCGGUCUCUCUGGGUAUGACUUUGUAGUGGUAGACAUGGAACACGGCCCUGGUGGAAUCUCUGAAGCUCUCGCGUGUCUCCACGCGCUUGCUGCAGCGCGUACUCCGGCGAUCAUUCGGAUACCGGAUACUGAUCCAGCUUGGGCUAAGAAAGCUCUGGAUCUUGGACCUCAGGGAAUUAUGUUUCCCAUGAUUGAGAAUCAAAAAAUGGCUAAAAAGGCGGUUUCUUAUUGUAAGUUUCCACCGAAUGGGAUUCGUGGGUCUGCACAUACUGUUGUUAGGGCGUCUGAUUAUGGGAUUGAUAAUGGGUAUUUGAAUAAUUAUGAAGAUGAGCUUUUGAUCAUGUGUCAGGUGGAAUCUGAAGAGGGUGUGAAGAAGAUUGAAGAGAUUGCAGCAGUUGAUGGUGUUGAUUGCGUGCAAAUGGGGCCGUUAGAUUUGAGCGCGAGUAUGGGGUACUUGUGGGAUCCGGGUCAUAAGAAGGUAAAGGCGAUGAUGAGGACUGCUGAGAAGGGGGUGUUGAAGACGACUGAGAAAGGUGGCGGUGGUGGGGCUUAUUUGUCUGGUUUUGCAAUGCCUCAUGAUAGGCCGGAAGAUAUGAGGUCGCGUGGGUAUCAUAUGAUAUCGGGAGCAGUUGAUAUUGGGAUGUUUAGAAGUGCAUGUGUUGAAGAUGUGAAGAAGUUCAAAAUUAAUUCGCCAAAAUCAGAUGAAGAAGAUAAAGAUGAUGGCAAUGCUGAAGUUAGUGAUGAGAAAUACUGGAGUGAAUGAAGAAUAAACAUGUUUUGCAUUUCCUUCUCAUUUCUCUUUUUAAUUUUGAAUAAAUCAAAAUGCAGCUGUUGGAUUUCAAUUAA